GCCAUCCUCCAAAACUACGGAAACGUCCAAAACCGGAAUCGUUAUAUUAUUUUUCCCUUUUGUUGUUUCGAUUACUUGGAUUGUUUCGUUUUUAACUAGCUGCCGAGAAUCGUUAGUAUGAAUUAAUAAGAUUACAUUCACAAUCGGUCAUCAACCCAUUCAACUUGAGAUAUCAUGGACCUGCUCAAGAAGUAUUUCAAUGACGAUUCUUUAUUUCCUUUCUUUUCAGAUGAUUAUGUCACAAAUUAUUUUAAUUAUGUCAAUGAAAAACCAAUUCCUUUAGUCCUGACACCUAUAACAAUUACUCUAUUCUGUUACUAUGUCUACAUUUAUGUAAGAAAAUUUUAUCCAAUUUAUGUAAACUGUUGGUUCUGCAAUGCCAAUUUUAAAGUUGCUUUUGAGGACCGAUUUGAAUAUUCAUGCAUUGAAUGUGGACAGUUUAAUGGUUUUAAAGAGGAUGGAAGUUAUAGCAAAUCAAUUCCUGAACAACAUGAUCAAAGGUACAACAAGGCAAUUUUUUCUGUAGUCCAGGAAGAUGUUAAGGAAAAUAAAAAUGGUUUAUGUAAUAAAUGCAAUAUUAUUCAAGAAAUGAAAGUGAAACAGUUAGCUUGUUUUAUCCCUACCAAAGAAAAAUACUUUGAUAGGGAAAUUGAAAAGUUCAAGGAAAACUUAGAAGCAACAUUAAAUUUGUGUUCCAAAUGCAAUCAAUAUACACAAAAAGUUCUAUCAUUGCAAGAACAACGUUACAACUUGAAAUCAACUAGAAUAAAUAUUAAUCAUAAAAGUAUGCAAGAUGCUGAUGUUUGGCUUAAUAUAUGUUCACUGUGCUUAUCAAUUAUUGUAUUUGUACUAUCUUCUGGUGUUGAGAAGUAUUUGGGUGAUUGGCCAAUCCAAGAUUUAAACCUUUUGAUUUCCAAAAAUAGUCCUUUAACUCUAACACGUUCAAUUGGAAUGAUUAGCCUAGUUGGUACAUUUUGUCAAGUUUAUCACUGUUUGACCACAUUCGACAAAUUAAGCGCCAUAACUAUGUUCCUAUGGUCAUCAUUAUGCGCUAUCAAUAACUUUGACAUUUUUGUACAUUUAAAACCUAAACUUCUUGCUUCUGCAAUUAUUGUGCUUCUAUCGUCAGUAUCUAUAUUCAGAAAUUUGACAAAGAAACAAAAAAUUGAACAAACCCGUAUUAAACUGGAGGAUGAAAAAUACAAAAUUAAUAAUACAAAUUAUUUUAAAACAAGUGCAAACGGAUCUUAUAAAAAUAGUGAUGAAUCAGAAAUGAUGGACAUUGAUCAUAUCGAGGAGUUACCUAAGAGUCGAAAAAAGAUGUUGAACAAGACUGUUAAUAACCUGUUCCGAGGGAUGAAACUCGAUGAAAACCGUGGUGUCAAAAAUAAUAUUCUUCGACCACCCAAGUUUUCAAUGCCUGUUAAACGGGACAAGUUUGUUGGAUAUGCCGAGUCUUCUACUGGAUAUUAUCCGUCAUAUUCUGUGAAAGAUGAUUAUGAUUUUGAUACACAGAGCAUUUAUUCUCAACAUAGUUAUAGACCACAGUGUUCACCAUUGUGUCACCAGCCAGUUUCACCGUAUACAUAUUAUGCUCUGCCACACCACCAAAAUAGUCCUUUGAACUUAUCGCAUUCGUCAAACACUUCAAGUAUACAGCACACUUCAGAAUGGCCAAAGAUGUUGAUGUACUUAAUUCCUGGAGUUAUAUUACUUGCUCUGCAAUGUUACCUGUUGCACGACAUUAAAGACUACAUGAAACAAAAGUGAGAUUAGGUUUAAAUUUUUAUCUUAAUUUAAUGAACUAGACAUUAUUUUGUAAAUAUUAACUGUAACACUGCUAUUGUUUGUCUCUUAAACAUGUUAACGUAUUAGUGUUCUUAAUGUAUAAAGACUGUUAACAUUUAUCGUUGUUUUUGUUAACAUUAAUAUAAGGAAAUUUGUUGUUAGUUUUUUUUUUCUACUACGUAAACUUUUCUGUAUAAACUUUGAUUUAA